AGUUGCUAACUCUGACAGAAAACCAAACUUCAGAAUGGUUCCAAACCUAAAGGAACUUGGUAUUUACAUUGAAGGCCAAUUGGCGCCUAGCUUUCUAGGGAGCCUUGUGUAUUUACAUCUACUUGAGAAGUUGAAAUUUGAAGUAGGAAGAGUCGAGCGCUUUUAUCUUCCAAUUGGCUUUCCACCAAACCUUAAGAAGUUGACACUUCGUUACACUUAUCUUCCAUGGAAGGAGAUGGACACAAUUGGCAAGUUACCACACCUUGAGGUGCUUAAACUAAAAGAUUUCUCUUUCUGUGGCUCAAAGUGGAAACCAUCGAAGCAAGGCUUUCGGGAAUUAAAGGCACUUCUUAUCUCACGAUCAAAUCUCAAACAUUGGGAUGCAAGUUCUAAUCAUUUCCCAAUUUUGGAGCGCCUAGUCUUAAGAUAUUGUUGGGAAUUGAAACAAAUUCCAAUUAAUUUUGCAAAUAUUGAAACACUGAAGUUAAUUGUGUUAGAAUGUUGUCAUUCUUCUCUUGUGGCCUCUGCAAAUCAAAUUUCUUCUGCAAACAAGUUAUUGUUUGAGGGAAUGACAGAUUGUCCACUUCGUGUUCGUAAAGUUGGAACUAAGGUUGAAUUGCCAAAUAAUGAAGACUUUGAAGAGGAAACUGUAGAAAGCUCUGAAGAAGAAAAUGUGGAAAGCUCUAUAGAAGAAAGCGUGGAAAGCUCUAAAGAAGAAAGUGUGGGAAGCUCUAAGGUUGAAUGGCCAAAUAAUGAAAGCUCUGAAGAAGAAAUUGUAGAAAACUCUAAAGAAGAAAGUGUGGAUAGAUUUGAAGAAGAAAGUGUGAAAAGCUCUAAAGAAAGAGUGGAAAGCUCUGAAGAAGAAAGUGUGGAAAGCUCUAAAGAAGAAAGUGUGGGAAGCUCUAAGGUUGAAUUGCCAAAUAAUGAAAGCUUUGAAGAAGAAAAUGUAGUAAACUCUGAAGAAGAAAAUGUGGAAAGUGUGAAAAGUUCUGAAGAAGAAAAUGUGAAAAGCUCUAAAGAAGAAUGCGUGAGAAGCUCGAUGGUUGAAUUGCCAUAUAAUGAAAGCUUUGAAGAAGAAAUUGUAGUAAACUCUGAAGAAGAAAAUGUGGAAAGUGUGAAAAGUUCUGAAGAAGAAAAUGUGAAAAGCUCUGAAGAACAAAGUGUGGAAUGCUCUAAAGAAGAAAGCGUGGGAAUAUAUAAAGAAUUAAGUGUUGGAAGCUCUGAUCAAGAAAGGUUGAAACAUCGGAAGAGAGUGAUGAAAAAUCUGAAGAAGAAGGUGUCGAAAUCCCUGAAUGCAUUCAAAGAUUUGAAGAGGAAAGUGCUAAGAAGAAAGUGAGUUAGGAAUUUUUAAAUUUUGGGCUUAUUAUAAACUUAUGAUCCAAAGCCAAGGUAUGUAUGUAUAUACCUAUGAAACUUGUGGUUAAACUCCAUAUUAUCUUUUGCAA